UAAAAACAGGCGUUUGGCACUCGAAAGUGAAAUUUAAGCGAAAUUUGAGUGGAAGUGUUUCGGUCGGCACUCGUGACAUUGUUUUGAUAUUUUUAGAGUUUUAAGUCUCAGUAGUAGCUAAGUUAAAAUUCUUAUUCAAAAUUAGUAGAUCGGAUCUUAUUUGUAAAUUCUUUGUAAAAUGGAAUUCGGACAAGAGGAGUCUUUUGAUAAUGCUUCCUCCGAAAAAAAUGAUGGUAACGAUGCUGAACCUAAUAAAUCUGAUAGUCAGGUAACUCUGCAGUAUGUUCGGAGUCAGGAAUCUUUCAAAAGGUGUAGAGAUAAAUGUAUCUCUUCUGAUCUUAAUGCAGACGUUAUCCACUUUGAACUGUUAGUAGAGAAAGGCCUAAUUGAUAAAGAUUAUGAGUGCCCAGAUGGGCAGGACGACGGCGACCAUUUAAGAUCAGUGGCAAGAUCGAGGGAGGGCGAAGCCAUUGCCGAAAUAGUGAAGACAAUGCGGAACGAGUUCAUGGCCAAUUUAAGCUCAAAGAAAAAAAAUUUCAAGGAAAUGCUAAUAAAAAACGGCAUGAUGGAUUGUGUAUUAGAUGAAUGCGCGCAUUUGGUGGAUGCUGGUGAGACAGAUUUCCUUAAGACGACCGAGUAUCAAUUGAACGAAAAUAGAUGCUUAAAUGAUUAUGACCGACUGCUUCUUGUAAAGGAUACAGCUACAGUGGAAACCCAGGCGCAUCUCGUUAAUUCUAAUGGCAGGGCUGUGAUAAAAGACACGAAUUCCAUAAUCACGUUUCAGCCAGAUUCAUCCAAAAUUAAUUCUAACUGCAAACCUGAUUAUAAAACAAGAGCCCUAGAGGUCACGUACAGUAGCCCGACGGAAACAAAACCAUUCACUGAAUUUCCUAGUAAACGGGAAAAAGAGAUGAUGCAAUGGAUUAACGAGAUCAAUUUGUUUACAAGUGGAAUGGAGAGGGACCCAGAAAAAGUAAACUGGGAUCUUUUCCGGGCCAACUUGCUUAAGAUGCACAAGCAUUAUGUGACCCACAAACCUAAAAGUUUCAACACACUUCGAGAUCACCAAAACGCACUUUCAUCAGCCGACCUUGCAGCUGAUCUAAAAGGAUCAUUAAAGGAUCUAGGUAGUCGGUCUGUGAAUAUAAAAAGCAACAUCCAAGGACUUGAAUGUAAAAUGCUAACUUUGGAUCACUGUUUCGACAGAUUUUGCGAUAAAUUGAGCCACAGCACUAUUGCAAAGGACAGGGUGGACCGGGAUUUGAAGAUACUAGCUUUGCUACGUGACAGAAUCGACCGAAGGUUGACCCAAAUGGAAAUGGACUUCCUUAGUAACAAAAAUCAACUGUUCUGUCAAAAUGAACUAGACGUCUGAUCGUAGUUAAUUUUAGCUCAUGGAAGGAGAUAGUUUUCGGUCCUACAAUUGAUUAGAUUAAGAAAAAUAGACAGCAUAAAUCGUCUUAGGCUUUGAAAUUUAAAAAGUAAAAGCUUUCCUAAAACA